AUGCAGAGCAACUACUCCCUGGUCAUCACCACCAGAGGAACUUUCCAAGUCCUCUCUACAGCACUGACAAACUCAUCAGCUGCAUUGCGCCUGCCCUCUCCCUGCCCACUUAGCUCUUCGGAUUAUCAGUUUUCACUAAUUCCAGCACUCUUCUCUGUGAUUUUUUUUCUGGGGUUGGUUGGCAACAGCAUGGUGGUUGUGGUGCUUUGUUGUCACAGUGGCCCCAAAACAGUCGCUAAUAUCUACAUUUUCAACCUGGCCACAGCAGAUUUGCUGUGCCUCGCCACCCUUCCCUUCUGGGCUACCUACUAUGCACAGGGGUACAACUGGUUCUUUGGGUCUCUCAUGUGCAAAAUCUCCAGUUCUGUCCUGUGCUUGAACAUGUUUGCAAGUAUAUUUUUCAUUACGUGCAUGAGUGUGGACCGGUACCGUGCUAUUGUCCAUCCUAUUCUCUCUCAAAGAAGAUCUCCACAACAAGCUUAUUUUAUAGCAUUGAUUGUGUGGGGCCUUGCCUGUUUGUCCUCCUUCCCAACUUUUUAUUUCCGUGACACUUACUACAUUGAAAGCUUGGGAGUCAAUGCUUGCAUUAUGGCCUUUCCCCAUGAGAAUUACGCAAAAUGGUCUGUGGCAACAGCCUUCCUGAAAAAUGCACUUGGCUUCUUCAUCCCCUUGACAGUGAUCACCACGUGCUACAUCUGGAUCAGGAGGGACUUGCUCAAAGCACAGAAGUUUGGAAAAAACAAGCAGAAGAGGGACAAAGUCCUAAAGCUGGUGGCUGCUGUUGUUGUGGCCUUUUUAAUUUCCUGGCUCCCAUUCCACAUUUUAACAUUUUUGGAUGCUUUGGCUCAUAUGAACAUCAUUAACAAUUGUGACGUGACAAGAAUCAUUGACACCGCACUGCCAUUUGGCAUCUGCAUGGCAUUUGCCAACAGCUGCAUCAACCCUCUGCUGUACUGCUUUAUUGGGAACCAGUUCCAGGAGAAGCUUCAUCACCUGUUUAAGCGACGAGUUCAUCAGUUCAAUAGCCAUCAAGAGAGCUCCUCUUUGAGGACAGGGAGCUACUUCAGAGAUGCUGAAACCACUGUGGGCAGGGAAGGGAGUCCUGAGUCCUUGCUGUAG